GUCUCCCUCAGUUCAGUGUUGCGUUGUCAAUGUCUCCUCCCUGAACCUGUGUUCCUUUCUGUGUUCCCUCGGUCCUUAGUUUAGUUCUGUUUCUUUGUAAGGCCUGCAAUAAAGCAGUGAUUUUGAGUUCAGCGUUUGGGUCCUCAUCUGCCUUCACACAGCUAGUUCAUGACAGUGAUCCUGGGCUACAGCAGACGAUGGACCGGAGAGAAGUAUCCUGUGGAUACAAAGUCAUCCGAAAGCCACAUCCAGAAAAGUCCUUGAAAAUGUUUCAUCGUUUCAUCCUAAGAGCAGAUUUGGAUGGUGCAGAAAUCUGUCCUCAGGUGUUAAAGCUCAGAUAUGAAAGCAGAACUCCAAAUUUCUUUGAAGUGUACAUGAAGAAUCCAGACAGAGACUUCCAGCUCAGACUCACACCAAAAAAAGAGCUUCAGUCAGUUUGGACCCGCACUGUUAGAAAAGAUGAAUACCAAAGAAGUGGUAAAGUACAAGAAAACCACUUUGUGGAUAAACACAGAGUGGAGCUGAUCCAGAGAGUCAGCAACAUCGAGCCGAUUCUGGAUGAGCUCCUGAAAGAAAAAGUUAUCCAGCAGGAAAGUUAUGACAGAAUCAGAGCUCUGCAGACCUCUCAGGAAAAGAUGAGGGAACUCUACAGCGGUCCCCUGAAAGCUGGCAGUGCCUCCAAAGAUGUCUUCUACCAAAUCCUUCAGACACACGAGAGACUCCUUGUUAAUGACCUCUGCUGGAAGAACGUUUGCUGAAAUCCAUUUUGUGUUCUACAGUGAAAGUAUUUACAAAAGGGAAAUGCUGACAUUAUGUUUCUGUGUUUCUGAUAUAAACAUAAGAAAUAUCUGACUCUUUGUUUUAUGCUUUAAUAUGAUAGUGGGCGGAUUUAUAACACUGGUUAUAAUUUGGACCUGGUGACAUCAUACAGGCUGAAUAUGAACGUUUACUCUGUUGUUAAUAAUUAAAGGUGCUGGUUGCUGUACAUGAAUCCUGAAAACAGGAAAGAAAUGAUGAGACUGGGAGACGUGUCACAGCUGAGCUUUCAUCCCACUUCACACUUUGUCUUUUGCAUAUUUUAUAUUUUCAAAACUUCUUCACACAUUCAAAUGACCCCCCCCCCCCACCCACACACAAUAUUCAUGCAUCUAAAUGUUUUAUAGACAGUAUAAUGAGUCAGAAUUGAAAUAAAAUGUCUUUUUAUAAUUUAGUGAAGCUGAUUUUGCCCAUAAACACAUUCUGCUGCUGCAUUUACGACAGAAUCCCUCUGAUAACAUGAGUUUCACAUGAUAAUUAGACA